AUGGCGAUUAGCUCGAAGUUUGAAACGACAUCCACAACCAAUACACAGACUGCCGCGUACAAUGAAAAAGGCGGCAUUACAAGCCAACUUUGUACCUGGGUAGGAGAUUUGACCUUGGAUGACGUGCCCGAGGCCGUACGCACCCGAGCCAAGUAUAUCUUUCUGGAUGGGAUCGCCUGCGCCUUAGUUGGAGCCAAGGUGCCUUGGUCCGCCAAGGCCUUCGAGGCUUUUUCUAGUUUCGAAGAUCCUGGAAGACAUGUGGUAAUUGGGUAUGAAGAGCGACUAGGAGCGACUGCGGCGGCUACUUUGAACGGCUCAUGGAUCCAAGCCUGUGAGGUCGACGACUAUCACAGUGUCGCUCCUUUGCAUUCGCAAGCUGUGGUUAUACCGCCGUUGUUCGCCGCCGCCAUAAGCGCCAAGUACCACCCCCUGGCUCCGCAAGUGCCUGGAGGAAAGGAACUGCUCUUAGCCACCAUUGUCGGCUUCGAAGUCGGACCACGUGUGGGUAUGGCACUCCAUGGAACAGAGGUGCUAGCAAGGGGAUGGCAUUGUGGCUCAGUCUUCGGAGGUCCUGCAGCCGCCGCAAGCUCCUCCAAGCUCCUGGGUCUGUCCGCUGACCAGACCGAGGACGCGAUCGGAGUUGCGUGCACCCAAGCGAGUGGGCUGAUGGCCGCUCAAUAUGACGGGAUGGUCAAGCGAAUGCAUCACGGAUUCGCUGCCCGCAAUGGACUUCUGGGCACUAUGUUGGCUUGGAACGGGUAUCAGGGAAUCAAGAAGGUAUUUGAGCGGCCGUAUGGAGGGUUCCUCGCCAUGUUCGGGGUGGGAUCAAAGCACACCCCAAAUACCCUUCCCGAAGAGAUCACCAAAGAUUUGGGCCAAUUUUGGCAUACAGCCGAAUGGAUUCGCCUCAAGCUGCAUGCCUGCUGUGGGGGUAUUCAUGGCACUAUCGAGUGCCUUGCAGAGAUGCAAGCCCUGUAUCCCAAUCGCCUCCGGGGUGUGGAAAGCCUUGCGCAGAUCAAAGAUAUCCACAUUCAACUCGGUGAUGCCGUCUACCAUCACUGUGGAUGGGCCCCCGAAGAGCGGCCCUUGAGUGCUACCGGGGGGCAGAUGAAUACGGCAUUUGUGGCGGCCUCCCAGCUCGUCGACGAACAAGUGCUUUUGGAGCAAUUUGCGACUCCUAAAUUAAACCGAGACGAGAUCUGGAAUCUGAUUUAUAAAACGCAUUGUACUCAUACACCAACUCUUGACAAACCCAACAUUGGCUGUGGUUCGAUCAUCAAGAUCACUUUUCAGGACGACACGCAGAUCGAGCAUACCCUGCUGCAGCCCAAAGGAGUCGAUGAGCCCAUUACCAACGACGAGAUCCUCGAAAAGUUCCGUCGCUUGACGGGCAAUCUAAUCAGUGCCGACCGACAAGCGAGAAUUGAGGCUUUGGUCCUGGGUAUGGAGGAUCUGACCGACAUAGAGGACCUGAUUGAUUUACUGAGUGUUGAAGUACCUAACUCGUUGCAAUAG